AUGCGCGCGCGCACGCUCCCUUUGAUAUCCGAAGUGGCGGAGCAGGCCGCGCCGGCCGCCGCAGCGGGCCCCACCGCGUCGCCGCCGCCCGCGCCGACGGCCGCGGCCGGCUCGGCCGCCGUGGAGGCGGCCGGCUGCGUGCGCCUCGAGCCGGCGCUGGCGGCGGCGUUCACGGCGGCAGUGUCGGAGGCUCUGGCGGAGCUGGGAGUGGGACCUGAGGAGCAGCUGCAGCGGGAGCGCUUCAAACUGUUUGACCAGGAGUACUCAUAUUACUACAACGCAAACAAGGACCGGUUGCCGCGCGUGCCGGACCUGUCGGACUCGUCGGGCGGGCUGAGCAACCGCACAUACUUCAAUUUUGUUAGCUACAUCGGCUGGAAGGUGGCGGCGCGGCGCGUGGCGAGCCCGCAGCAGCGCACGGCGCUGUGCCGCCGCGUGGGGGAGCUGCUGCUACCGCAGGUCGCGCCAGGGGAGGCGGAGGCGCUGCGGCGGGAGGCGGCGCGGUCGCCUGGAGGCGCUGUGAGCGAGGCAGCGGCGGCAAGAGCGGUCCAGCGGCUGUUUGACCGGCUGCAGUCGGGCGGCUACGUCUGCGGCUGGCAGGUUGUGUGGGGCGAUCAGCCGGGCGGCUGGCCGCCGGACUGGUUCAAGCAGGCGAGUGGGGGAUCAAGGGACUGCGCCAGCCGCCUCCCUUUUGCGGCGCAGCUGGACCCCGGGCUCGUCGGCGACGUGCCGGGCAGCUUCCAGGCAGCCGCCGCCGCCCCGCCCGGCGGCGAUGGGGAAGGCACCGCCGCCGCCGCCGUCCUCGAGGCCCCGGCGGCCGCGGGGCAGGCGGUAUUUCAGGCGAAGCUGCUGCAGCCGGCCGACAUCCAGGCGUCGGUGGCGCUGCGCUCCGAGGAUGACGCGUUCUGGGGGCGCCACGUCAGCGCAAUGGUGGCGGCGCUGCUGGCGGCGGGCGGGUGGCGGGCGGAGGCGUCAGAGUACUUUUACCAGGACGACUGGUCUGGCCCGUCCAGCCUGGGCGGCAGGCUGCUGCUGCUGCUGGGGGACCCCCUGCAGAACGUGGACAUCCCCUGGACCCCCACCACGCUGGUGCAGGACUGGACGAUCGCGCCCGCAUCCGCGGGCAGCCUUGGCGGCGGCGGCGGCGGCGGCGAGUUGUAG